AUGGAUACCGUCCCGCUUACCGACUCGUCCGGCUUCGAGGGGCGCUCCGCCUCGCUCCCGAAGGCGAAGGACAUGAGCCACCACAUCAACCAGAUCACCAAGAAUCGGAGUCCGAUGGCACUGAAAGAGCUGUACCGAUACGCGAGCCAGCCUGGCAUGCAGGCAUUUGCGGGCGGUAUUCCCUCACCAGAGCUGUUUCCCUUCGAGACGCUCUCCGCCGAAAUCCAGCGCUUUGACUCGCUCCCCCUUGAACGCCCCCGUGUGCCGACCAAGCCGAAGAAGACGCUCAUGGAGUGGCUGUUCGGAGGCAAUCUGCAGUUCACCAUUCCGAAGUACGCUAGUGACCCUACGGACCCGAUGGCGAUCCAGCUCGCGACGUCGCUGCAGUACCAGGCUGCAACUGGUCCCCCGGCGCUCCCCAAGUUCCUGCGCGAGUACGUCGAGAAGGUGUACCAGCCGGGCUACGCCGACUGGGACGUGCUUGUUGAUGUUGGUGCGACGGAUGGAUUCGGCAAGGCGUUCAACAUGCUGCUCACCAUGGGCGAUGCAGUGCUUGUUGAGGAGUGGUCGUACCCUGGUGCCAUGAACGCGUACAUGCCGUUCGAGGUCGAGCGCGUCGCGGUGCGCAUGGACGGCGAGGGUGUGCGCCCCGACCACCUCGAGGACAUUCUGACCAACUGGGACCAGCGCACCGAGGGCCGUCCCCGCCCGCGCGUGUUCUACACCGUGCCGACGGGUCAGAACCCGACGGGAGCUACGAUGUGGCACCAGCGCAAGAAGGAGGUGUACGCCAUCUGCCAGAAGUACGACGUCGUUAUCAUCGAGGACGACCCCUACUUCACCCUCCACUGUGGCGAGUACCACCCUCCGGGGAAGAAGCUGGCACCGCUCGUGCAGCGCUCCAUCGACGAGCAGAAGAAGGAGGGCAAGAAGGGUAACCAGGCGUUUAUUGACGCACUUCCGCCCUCGUACCUUCGCUUCGAUACCGACGGCCGUGUCAUCCGCCUCGACACAUCGUGCCCCGGCUCGCGCCUUGGUUGGUUCACGUCUUCGCCUCUGUUCAUCGAGCGUUUGACGCGCGUGUCCGAGGCGAGCACUCAGGCGCCGAGCGGCUUCGCGACCGCGCUCACGACGACGAUGCUCACCACUUGGGGCUUUGACGGCUACAUCCGGUGGCUCCGUGGUAUCAAGGCGACGUACCAGCAGCGCCGAGACUGGAUGGUUGACGCUCUGGGCCACGCGUUCCACCUCGAGUUCGAUGGUGAUUCGAGCUUCAACCCCCUCGUCGCUGAGACUCAGUUUGGCCGCUCGGUCACUGGUUAUGCGCGCCCCGUUGCUGGCUCAGCCCAGGCGCAGUGGGACGAGAAGCGCGGCGCGAGCUCGGCCCUCGGCCACCCGCUCAUCUCCUUCAUCCCGCCUUCCGCGGGCAUGUUUGUCUUCGUCGGCGUGCACCUCACCCACCACCCCGAGUACGAGCGCCUCGGGGACGAGGUGCUCAUGCGAAAGCUGUGGAAGCGCCUUGCCGAGCACCUCGUCCUUUUCGCGCCUGGGUGGGCGUUUGACUCGUGUGGCGUGCACGACAUCGGCGGCAAGGGCAUGGGCUACUUCCGCCUUUCGUUCUCGAUCCUGCCGUACGAGACGAUGCAGAGCGGCAUGGUCACGUUCGCCAAGGUGCUGACCGAGUUCAUGCAGGGCAAGUAG